AUGGCUUCCGAUUGGCCGCCCUCGACUGCGCCCUCGAUUACGCCCUUAAUGCCUUCGUUUUCGAACACAUUACCAAAAGAGCAAUUUCAAGCUAGCCAAAUGAAUGCAAAGCCUGCGCCCAGCCAGUUAUAUGACAUGGCUGGAGCCAGCCGUCUUAGUGCCCCCGAUCCCUAUCCUACUAUAGCAAGCAAUCCGUCCUUGGCUCCCCUUCCUAUUGACGGCAACUUAUCUCUUGCCGAGGAUUUAUUCCAACCCCUUGACCCAUCCUUGAACCCAACUUUUGUCCCAGCUUUCGACCCAGCCUUCGACCCAGCCUUCUUCGACAAGCUGCACGAGGGUCGCUAUUGGUGCGAAGUGCUCGGAUGCUUAUCAUCUUUUACACGUAAGGCUGACCGAGAUCGACAUGUGCGAUCUUGGCACAACUGUGCUACUCUGCACUUCUGCCCUGUUCCUGGAUGCAAGAAGAGCCUUGGGAAGCCGUAUAGUCGCAAAGACAAGCUGCAAGAGCAUAUGCAGAAGAAGCAUCCCGCUCCGCCACAGGCAUAA